AUUGUGCCCUCGGAGCGGGCGGCGGCGCGAUGGCGCGGGUGGCGGCGGCCCCGGGGCGGCGGGCGUCGCGGAGGGCGGGCUGAGCGCAUGGAGCGGCGCGGGCCGGGGGCCGCCACGGCGAGGGGCCGGGCCAGGCCGGGCGGAGCCAGAGCAACUGAGUUCCAGAUAAACACUGUCAGACCCGGCCUAUAGGCUGCUCCAUUGCCAAUGAACUCCAUGAACCCCAUGAAACCUGCCCUGCCCCCUGCGCCACACGGUGAUGGUUCAUUCGCAUAUGAGUCUGUGCCUUGGCAACAAAGCGCCACUCAGCCGGCUGGAUCGCUGUCCGUGGUCACUACUGUGUGGGGAGUUGGCAACGCGACACAGAGCCAGGUUUUGGGGAACCCUAUGGGCCCUGCAGGGAGUCCCUCUGGCGGCUCCAUGAUGCCUGGUGUGGCAGGGGGCAGCUCCGCCUUGACCUCCCCACAGUGCCUGGGACAGCAGGCGUUUGCUGAAGGCAGCGCCAACAAGGGCUACGUGCAGCAAGGCGUGUACAGCCGCGGGGGCUACCCUGGGGCCCCCGGCUUCACCACUGGGUAUGCAGGCGGCCCCGGGGGCCUGGGCCUCCCCUCACAUGCUGCAAGACCCUCCACUGACUUCACACAAGCGGCAGCUGCUGCGGCUGUGGCUGCUGCAGCAGCCACUGCCACCGCCACAGCCACAGCCACCGUGGCUGCUCUCCAAGAGAAGCAGAGCCAGGAGCUGAGCCAGUAUGGAGCGAUGGGGGCCGGACAGUCUUUUAACAGCCAGUUUCUGCAGCAUGGAGGUCCCCGGGGGCCUGGUGUCCCCACUGGCAUGAACCCUACUGGCAUGGGAGGGGUGAUGGGCCCCUCUGGCCUCUCCCCCAUGGCUAUGAACCCCACCCGGGCAGCAGGAAUGACGCCCUUGUAUGCAGGGCAGCGCCUGCCCCAACAUGGGUAUCCUGGGCCUCCCCAGGCCCAGCCACUGCCCCGACAGGGGGUCAAGAGAACCUACUCUGAGGUGUAUCCAGGGCAGCAGUAUCUGCAAGGAGGCCAGUACGCACCCAGCACCGCCCAGUUUGCGCCCAGCCCUGGGCAGCCCCCUGCCCCCUCCCCUUCCUACCCUGGGCACAGGCUGCCCCUGCAGCAGGGCAUGAGCCAGUCCCUGUCUGUGCCCGGCCCCACGGGACUGCACUACAAGCCCACAGAGCAGUUCAACGGGCAGGGCGCCAGCUUCAACGGGGGCAGCGUCAGCUACAGCCAGCCUGGCCUGAGUGGGCCUACCCGUUCCAUCCCGGGCUAUCCCAGUUCCCCACUGCCAGGGAACCCCACGCCACCCAUGACCCCAAGCAGCAGCGUCCCUUACAUGUCACCAAGCCAAGAGGUCAAGUCUCCCUUCCUGCCUGAUCUCAAGCCCAACCUCAACUCCUUGCACUCAUCGCCCUCUGGAAGUGGGCCUUGUGACGAGUUGCGGCUGACCUUCCCUGUGCGCGAUGGGGUGGUCCUGGAGCCCUUCCGCCUGCAGCACAACCUGGCUGUGAGCAACCACGUCUUCCAGCUGCGAGACUCAGUCUACAAGACCCUGAUGCUGAGGCCUGACCUGGAGUUGCAGUUCAAGUGCUACCACCACGAGGACCGGCAGAUGAACACCAACUGGCCAGCCUCGGUGCAGGUCAGCGUCAAUGCCACGCCGCUCACCAUUGAGCGCGGCGACAACAAGACCUCACACAAGCCACUCUACCUGAAGCACGUGUGUCAGCCAGGCCGCAACACCAUCCAGAUCACCGUCACCGCCUGCUGCUGCUCCCACCUCUUCGUGCUGCAGCUAGUGCACCGCCCGUCCGUCCGCUCAGUGCUGCAGGGCCUCCUCAAAAAGCGCCUCCUGCCUGCCGAGCACUGCAUCACCAAGAUAAAGCGGAACUUCAGCAGUGGCACCAUCCCUGGCACCCCUGGGCCCAACGGAGAGGACGGGGUGGAGCAGACAGCUAUCAAGGUGUCCCUGAAGUGCCCCAUCACCUUCCGCAGGAUCCAGCUCCCCGCCCGAGGUCAUGACUGUCGCCACAUACAGUGCUUUGACCUGGAGUCGUACCUGCAGCUCAACUGUGAGCGGGGGACUUGGAGGUGUCCUGUGUGCAACAAGACAGCUUUGCUGGAGGGCCUGGAGGUGGACCAGUACAUGCUGGGCAUCCUGAUUUACAUUCAGAACUCUGACUAUGAGGAGAUCACCAUCGACCCCACAUGCAGCUGGAAGCCAGUGCCCGUGAAGCCUGACAUGCACAUCAAGGAGGAGCCGGACGGGCCGGCACUGAAGCGCUGCCGCACCGUGAGCCCCGCCCACGUGCUCAUGCCCAGCGUGAUGGAGAUGAUCGCCGCCCUGGGCCCCGGCGCUGCCCCCUUUGCCCCCCUGCAGCCCCCCUCAGUCCCUGCCCCCAGCGACUACCCUGGCCAGGGUUCCAGCUUCCUGGGGCCCGGAACUUUCCCUGAGUCCUUCCCGCCCACCACGCCCAGCACCCCAACCCUUGCUGAGUUCACCCCGGGGCCACCCCCCAUCUCCUACCAGUCUGACAUUCCCAGCAGCCUCCUGACUCCAGAGAAGUCUACCGCCUGCCUACCAGGCCAGAUGGCACCAGCAGGUCACCUGGACCCCACUCACAAUCCUGGGACACCAGGACUACACACCUCCAACCUUGGGGCCCCUCCGGGUCCCCAGCUGCACCAUUCAAACCCUCCCUCAGCGUCCCGGCAGUCCUUGGGCCAAGCGAGCUUAGGGCCCACGGGUGAACUGGCCUUCAGUCCUGCCACAGGCGUGAUGGGGCCCCCCAGCAUGUCUGGAGCUGGGGAGGCCCCGGAACCAGCUCUGGACCUGCUCCCAGAACUGACCAACCCUGAUGAGCUACUGUCCUACUUGGGACCGCCCGACCUCCCCACAAACAACAAUGACGACCUGCUCUCUCUGUUUGAGAACAACUGAUCCUGUGUUUACCCCAGGCCUGGCGGGGACACGCUCACAGAUGUCACCACAGCCCUGCCCUUCAUGCCCAGCCCCCUGAGACACCCGGUGGUCUCUCCCAAACCUCCCCCAAAACACACCUGGAGCCAGAGCCUUCUGCCGCCAGCCCUGUGCUCGAUUGGAGGGGCUCCCAGCCCGGCAGCCCUCGCCACCUCCCUCUACCAAGCCUGCUGCUGCAGAACGGUUUUUGCUGAGGUGCCCCUGCCCAGCCCUCUCCAGCCUUGUCCACGCACACCUCACACCCCUGGUCUCACAGCCUCACACCUUGUCCUUCCACCCCUGCCUGCCCCCGCCCAGCCUGCUUCUUGUCCAGCAUUGAUCCUUCUGUUUCAACAACUCCUCCACUGGGCAGAGCUGGGCAUCUGGCGGGGCUGGCUCUGUCCCCUGCGCCUUUGGCUCCAGUGGUCCCUGUGCCUGGCAGUCCAGCUCUUGGAACCUCGCUGAAUGGCAGCCUCUUGGGGGCCUGGAGCUCUGGCAGCCCAGCCGUGUGUCGUGUCGGGUUCCUCUCCCCACCCCAGCUUCAGGCAGAAUCCUCGGGGUGGGGGAGCUACAAAGCACAACAAUGUACAUAGUGUAGAAACACUAACAGCUGGGAAAGGGGAGCCAGCUGUCCAGCCAGCAUGUUCCUGUUGUACAGCCCGGUCUCCCUGUGCACUCUGCUCCUUCCCAUGUGCAGACAGAUCAGGGAGGAACCUCCAGUGGGUGGGGGACAAUGAGCUUUGGCCCGGCCAAGGGGGGUGGGUGGGCUCUCAGAUUCAGCUCUGUGUAAAGAUUCUCUAGCGGGCUGCGCUCCCAAGUUCCCCGUUUCUGUGAAAGUGAAGAAUUAGUACAGCUGUGUUUUUUAAAGCCACCUCUCCGUCUCCACCCCAUGGUUCCACACCCAGGUGGGGAGGAGGAAGCCACUGCAUCUGUUGGCUCAGGGCCCCAGCCUGUGCGAGCAGGGCGCCCGGGCUGUUGUGUCUCCUGUCUGUGCCGAUCUCUAUUAAAGGACUCCCUCUUGGUGGGCC